AGUCGUUCGUUUGCUUUUGCAAAGUGCAGUUUUUCUUUUGUGCAGUUUUUGUGCUCUGUCUUACUACAUCUAUGCGUCAUCGUUUUUGAAACGGUAUAUUCAAUCGAUUAAGUCCAGUAGGGUGGAAAUUGUUUUGUAAUGUUGUUUUGAUUGGUAAUAAUGAGCCAAUAGAUGUUACGAAUUUAAGUGUAAAGUUUUUCGAUUCCGGAGGGGGUUGAUACUGGUCGACUAGGAUCCCAAAAUCAAAAGAGGAGGCGUAACGCUAGAAUCCGCAUCUGCGAGAACAUCGACUAGUUGCUAGUCUGGAGAAUGAUAGCAUCCAACACCAACCGAAGUACCAACAAUGACCCCGUGCAAGCAUCUGAAUCAGCUCCAAUAACAGGCACCGGUAAUGGAAGCUCGUCCAGGAUUAUUCGCCAGUUUGGUAGCCUGUUCCAGACAAACCCCGCUGCGCGAGCAGAUCCUGCCGGUUAUGUGGAAUUCGGAAGUAUUUCCGACCCGGAGGCCAGUGCUGGCCGAACGCUGGGUACUUUUGCCGGGGUGUUUUGUCCCGUAGCAUUGUCGAUGUUUAGCGCGUUGGUGUUCAUUCGUGUUGGUUUUAUCGUCGGCAAUGCUGGUCUAUACGUAACAUUGCUGCAAUUUGUGAUUGCUUAUGCGAUUUUGCUGUUUACUGUAUCAUCGGUUUGCGCUAUUUCAACCAACGGUGCUGUGGAGGGUGGCGGAGUUUACUUCAUGAUCAGCCGCACACUUGGGCCUGAAUUUGGAGGAUCGAUCGGUACGUUGUUCUUUUUAGCCAAUGUCGUCGGUUGCGGCUUGGCAAUAUCAGGUUGUGCUGAAGGAAUCAUUCAGAAUUUUGGACCCACCGAUGGUCACGAAGAUGGCUCUAUUCCGGAUGGUCGCUGGUGGCGCUUUUUAUAUUGCAGUACCAUUAAUACGUUGAUGCUGCUGGUAGUGCUGAUCGGGGCUGAAAUGUUCGCCAAAACGUCAAUGAUGAUUCUCGGAGUGGUCGUCGUUUGUUUAUUUUCGACGUACGUGAGCUUUCUAUCCAAGGGAACGAUACAGGUCCCAAUACCCAAUGAAAACAGCCUAGUUCAGAAUGAGACGUAUAAGGUGUUUGGAAAUUAUAGCGGGAUGAGCCUUACAACAUUAGAGGAAAAUUUGUACAGCCAUUAUGGGCGAGAUUACACCUCAAACGGAAAUGAAGUCAACUUCGCUGUUGUGUUCGGCGUAUUGUUUUCUGGAGUGACAGGAAUAAUGGCUGGUGCUAAUAUGUCCGGUGAAUUGAAAAAUCCAUCCCGAAGCAUUCCAUCGGGGACCCUUUCAGCCGUUCUGUUUACAUUUUUAUGUUACAUUGCUUUAUCAGUAUUUAUGGCUGCGACAACGUCAACUUUUUUGCUGCAAAAUAAUUUUCUGUUUCUCGGUCCGGUCAACAUAUGGCCAACGUUUGUAAUGAUUGGAAUUUUAACGGCUACAUUCUCGACGGGACUGAGCAAUCUUAUAGGGUCCAGCCGAGUCCUGGAAGCUCUGGCAAAAGACAAAGUGUUUGGAUCAUUGUUGAACUUUGUUGUGAGAGGAACCUACAAGAGUAAUCCAAUAGCAGCUGUCAUCGGGAGCUGGGUAUUGGUUGAAAUUAUUUUAUUGGUUGGAUCGCUGAAUACAAUUGCUCAAAUCAAUUCCGUGUUAUUUAUGUUAGCAUAUUUGGCAACUAACUUGGCAUGUUUGGGAAUUGAAAUCACCGGAGCUCCUAACUUCCGUCCGACCUACAAAUAUUUCACCUGGCAUACGGCAUUCUUCGGUCUUGUCGGAACUGCCGUCAUGAUGUUCGUCAUAAAUCCGAUCUAUGCGUCAUCCAGUGUAAUUCUUUGUUUGCUGUUGGUGAUUGCACUGCAUCUGUUCUCCCCGGCGUCACAAGGAGCUCAGUGGGGAUCGAUAUCACAAGCUCUAAUGUUCCAUCAGGUGCGAAAAUAUUUGCUCAUGUUGGACUCUCGCAAGGAUCAUGUUAAAUUUUGGAGACCGCAGAUGCUUUUACUCGUAUCCAGUCCACGAUCGUGCUGUCCGUUAAUUCAUUUCGUGAAUGAUAUGAAAAAAGGUGGUCUGUACGUGAUAGGCCACGUAAAAGUAGGCGAGUUUUCGGAGAAUGAUUCUACGAAUGAUCCCACCAUCGAAGAGUACACGCAGUGGCUUUCGUUGAUCGACCAUAUGAAGGUGAAAGCGUUUGUAGAACUGACACUCUCGAGAAGUGUUCGUGAAGGUAUUCAGCACCUUAUUCGGAUUUCCGGAAUGGGGGCCAUGAAGCCGAAUACGAUCAUUCUUGGAUUCUACGAUGAGGAGAUGUCGAAGGACUUCUUCGAACACGAGAAUUCCCCCUACAAAACUGGCGAAUUCGAUGGCAAUGGCAUAAAAUUGUUCCCUUAUCGGCGCAACGGAGAACGCAAAGCUCUGCAGGCGACGGACUACGUGCAGAUAAUAGAUGACGUGCUACGGAUGAAGAAAAAUAUUUGCCUCUGCCGACACUUUCACCGGUUGGACAAGCAUCUGAUUGCCAAGAGCAAUCACAUUCGGUACAUUGAUGUGUGGCCAGUGAACAUUUUCGAACCGAAGAAUGAGGAUCCGUUUGAUGUAGUUUCGUUGUUCAUGAUGCAGCUGGCCUGUAUUAUCAACAUGUUACCGGUGUGGAAAAAACUAGAACUGAGGGUGUUCCUGUGUGAGUCGGAAACGCCAGCAGAGCCAAGUAGUUUCCGAAUUGAUAGUGAAUCGUUCGAACGUCCUGCCGAUCACCGGUUGAGCCAGCUAUUGAAAUCGCUGAGAAUAUCCGCUUCGAUACAUCAGAUCUCUGAAUGGAGCAAGGAUAUGGACUUCCCACGGCAUCGCUCUAUUCUCAAGCAGUUCACCAGCAAAAGUGACAGCAAUCAGAUGAUGACUGAAGAGAACAUCAACCGGUCCAAGUUGUACAUGCAAAGGAUCAAUCAAACUAUUCGGGACAAAUCGAAUUCGACGGCUGUCACUUUCAUGUAUCUUCCAGCACCUCCGAAGUUGUCCACGGCAGACUACAAGGAAAAGUGUCACCAUUAUUUGGACCUGCUAACCGAGUUGACGUACGACCUACCGCCCACGAUAUUAGUGCAUGGAAUAAAUGCUGUGACUUCCACGACAUUGUAAAAGAAUCCUAAACUGAAACUCACAUACAGGUACCAGCACGUCCUACCCAAGAUUAUACGCGUGCUGUGCACGUGGAAAAUUAGCCGAGAAGGAACAAAGUUCGAUUAAUGUACGUACUCCGUACCCUUCCGUUCUAUCAUAUCCCUAGCAAUCGAUGGAGUUUCUGUAGCAGUUUGUUUGCGUUAUCUUCCUGUUACUCGGUCCGGGGGUUUUUGCUAGUUAGAACUAGAUCCCACCAUGCAAAACCUCUUUCCCUUUAGAAUAUUAGGAAAUAACACUUAGCAAUACUAAACAUGUGCUCCUCUUAUUAACCACUAUGAUGCACAUUUUAAUUAUUUAUUACAUUUCUGAUUGCACUGAACAACAUGAUUUUUAUUAGAUUUGAAGGUAUCUUCAUCAUAUUAUGCAGGAUAGCUUCGUUACUUCCACAAACAUAUUUAGAAGCGCAUUCCCAGGAUGUAAGAAAAAGAGGUCAAUUUAGAUGAACUUUAAAAUGCCGGAUUAACGAAGUUACACUGUGUUUAAGAAGGGCAUUUAUGCAAACCACAGCACACGAUGACCUGAGUCAAACGUUAAAAUACCGGUAAGGUGAUCGACGGACACUAAUUAGCUUGUAGUGAUGAAUAUUUUCAGUAUAAUUCUAAUUGUGAUCGAUAGACCAGAACGUAUCCUAUAUCGUUAAUCGGAUGUACUAAAAAUUAAUUGACUAGAUAAAAAGAAAACAAAUAUGCAUAUUUGCAAUGAUAUAUUGACGAAACUGACAU